AUAAAACGACGGCUGCUGUAUUAAUUUGUGCGGGGGUUUUCGUGGCGCCAAACCCUAAAACCCUAAACCCUGAUAUCUCCUCUCUCCUAAAACCCAUAACAAAUCCGAGUUUCGUUCCUUCUCGAGAAAACAGAAACAGAAAAACGUUUCGAAAGUGUUUUCUCUAAAAUGGAGGAGGAAUUUCUCCGUGCGUGCGAGCUUCGUCUCCUGCGCUGCACCCUCCCAUCGCCUCCGCCGUCCGCUUGCUCCCCCAAACCCCAAUCGGAAUCCUCCCAUCGAAACCAUCUCCGUUCUCUGAUCCACGACUUACUCCAUUUCAUCGAGACUGGUACAUAUCUCCAAGCCAUCACCAACCCCGAUUUCCAACGACUCGUCGUCUUCAAACUCAUCGAUUCCAACCUCGACGAUUCCCCUGAGUGCGCUGGCCGAGUCUACUCCGAGUUCCUCAUAGCAAUUGAGUCGUUCCUGAAAGGAGGAGAAGAUGCAAACGACUCGGCGUACAGAGUCAUGGUGGUGAUGUGCAUUGCAGUAGCGGCAUUUCUCGCUUUCACUCAGUGUAACAUGACCGGACCAUUGGAGAGUUUGCCGAAGUGCCCUCUGCCAUUGAGAGGAAUGAAGGGUAAUGAUAAUAAAUUUGUGGGGUGGGACAGUUGGGCUCGUAAUCAGCUUAUGGCUGCUGGGUCUGACUUGCUUGGGAAGUUCUCUUAUCUUCAGUAUAUAGUAUUUGCUAAGAUGUUGCUCGUGAGGAUGAAAGAUCUGUUAUUUGAAGGAAGUGUCUCUGUGUAUGGAAUUAGGAGCAUCACAUGGUGGCUUGCUAGGCUCUUACUUCUUCAUCAGAGAAUUUUGGAUGACCGCUCUUCUUCUUUAUUUGAUCUCUUGCAAGUCUUUAUGCAUGAUGUUUUGCAUCAUUUUGGCACCUUGGAAAAGGUUUUGAGUUAUUGGGGUUCAAACUUGCAUAAUGACGAGGGUUUAACAAUUGUCUCCAUGGUUCAUCUAGAAGCUGGAAUCAUGGAAUAUACUUAUGGACGAGUUGAUUCUUGCAGGUUAUACUUUAAUUCAGCUGAAGAGGCAGCUGGUCUUCAUCUUUCUGUUACUGGGGCUCUUGGUUUUCGUACUUUAUAUCAGGUAGAACCAAAGGCACAAAUGGUACUUGUUGCAGACACAAGCUCAACUAACACUGGCAAGAGAUGUCUCUCAGUUUCCUGUGACCCUCAGACACAAGUCUCUAGUAUUAGUGAUAAUAAUUCAUAUCAAAGUGAAACUUAUGAGGGUUCUGAUAUAUUAAUGACGCCAAAACUGUUAGAAAAUGACAAUGAAUCUGAAAUUAGAGCAAAAGGCAUUAAAGUUGGUGGUACUGGUACCCCUUUGAGUGCAACCCAUCAAGCAGUGAUCCUCGCCAAAUGUCUUCUAAUUGAGAAGAGCACUCGACAUGAUGAAAUGCAAAGAUGGGAUAUGGCUCCAUACAUCGAGGCAAUCGAUUCUCAGCAGUCGUCGUACUUUAUUAUUCGGUGUUUCUGCGACAUUCUACGUGUUCGGUGGGAGUCAACUCGUAGUCGCACAAAGGAGCGUGCUUUGGUGAUGAUGGAUAAGUUGGUCCAGGGUAUCUAUGAGCCUUCUCCAGGAGUGGCACAAAGGAUUCCUUUUUGUUAUGGGGCUUAUAUUCCAUCAGUUCCUGCCUUGCGGAAGGAAUAUGGUGAACUUUUGGUACGUUGUGGUUUGAUAGGAGAGGCAGUUAAAAUUUUUGAGGAUUUGGAGUUAUGGGACAAUCUGAUAUUAUGUUAUCGUUUAAUGGAGAAGAAAGCAGCAGCUGUUGACCUUAUCAAGGUUCGAUUGUCUGAAAUGCCCAAUGACCCCAGGUUAUGGUGCUCCCUGGGUGAUGUCACUAACAAUGAUUCCUGCUAUGAAAAAGCUUUGGAAGUUUCAAAUAAUAGGUCAGCCAGAGCUAAGCGGUCUCUUGCACGUAGUGCAUAUAAUAGAGGUGACUAUGAGAAAUCUAAAAUCCUGUGGGAGUCUGCAAUGGCAUUGAAUUCCUUGUAUCAAGAUGGCUGGUUUGCACUAGGAGCUGCUGCAUUGAAGGCUAAGGAUGUUGAAAAGGCAUUGGAUGGCUUUACUCGUGCUGUGCAACUAGAUCCAGAAAAUGGGGAGGCAUGGAAUAAUAUUGCUUGUUUACAUAUGAUAAGGAAGAAGAGCAAAGAGGCUUUCGUAGCUUUUAGAGAAGCGCUGAAGUUCAAACGAAACAGCUGGCAAUUGUGGGAGAACUACAGCCAAGUUGCUUUUGAUGUGGGCAACUUAACCCAGGCUCUGGAAGCUGUUCGUAUGGUGUUGGAAAUUUCUAGUAAUAAAAGAGUUGAUGCUGAACUAUUGGAAAAAAUUAUGGCAGAGGUGGAGAAAAGGGCAUCAAUUAGUCUUUCUACAUCUACUGCAAUGACUGACAAUAACAAUUCUCAAGUCUGCCCAGAUGAUUCUCAAAUAGUUCCUCAUAAUGAGUUAUAUGCAGAAUCUGGGGUGGAAAGAUCAAGGGAAACUGAACACUUGCUUGAUUCCAUUGGAAAAGUUCUACAACAGAUAGUUCGCAGUGGAAAUGGAUCAGAUAUCUGGGGCUUAUAUGCAAGGUGGCACAGACUCAAAGGAGAUCUGACAAUGUGCUCUGAAGCCCUUUUGAAGCAAGUUAGAUCUUACCAGGGAUCUGACUUAUGGAAAGAUAGAGAUCGGUUUAGAAGGUUUGCACAUGCUUCCUUGGAACUUUGCAAGGUUUAUAUGGAAAUUUCAUCAUCUACCGGGAGCCGUAAAGAAUUACUUACAGCUGAGAUGCAUCUCAAGAACAUUCUUAAACAGGCUGGCAGCUUCUCCGACAUGGAAGAAACCAGGGAUCUUCAAGGUUGCCUUGAUGAUAUAGUGAAGAUGAAAUCCAAUUCUAUUUCUACAUGAACUUUAUCGAAAAGCUCUCAGUUCGAAUUGUUAUGGCCAUGCUGAAUGGGAAAUUAGAUGCGUAUGUUGUCCUAAUUUAUGAGCAGCCCUUGAUUAUGGAAUAAAAAACAAAAAAGUAACAUAAUUUUAAAUUGUGUUUUAUUUUUUUAUGUUGAUAAAAAUGUUUUACUAUAAUCAACUAACAUUAGCAAAUCAUUAAAAUGAAUAAAUUACACAUAAUUUAGAAAAAAAAAAAAAAAGGCUCCUUAUUUAUUUAUUCAUUUAUUUUCUGUUAAAUCUUUCGAGCAUUUAUACCUAGAAUUUAAUGUAUCAGUAUAAAUAAAUAGCAGAAUUAAACCGGAUAAAAUUUUAUUUCACUUCUUCAUUUAUGCCGUUUAUUAUGUUGGGGCUUUAGAAUUGGAUUUUUAGUUUUCAUUUUUUGUUAUUUAUUAUUAUUAUUAUUUAUUUAUUUAUUUAUUUAUUUUUAUGAAGUUGACUAUUCAAGCAAAAGCAAGGUGCGAUCCAACUAAUGGAUGUAUAUAGUUUCUCGUAUUACAAGAAACAUGUUUAGAUCAAUUUCACUUUAGUUCUUGCUACUAUAAUGUAAAAGAAUGUUUUUGGUCAGGGUUUUAAAGUUUAAUUAUGAUCCAACCAUAUCUAAUUGAUUUUUAUGAAACCUUACUAAUGGAUUGUGAACUAAAAUUGAUGUUUGUGCAUGAAAAAUAUUGUUUUUAUGA